UGCCGGGUGUUGUUGUAACGUCACAGUACGUCAGUAACAGUUAAAGCUACAUGUAUGCUUCUGUGUUUAAAAGCCCCAGCUAGCAGCUAACAGUUAGCAUACGGUCUGUAUGUUGUUCUCCGGUUCUCUGUGGUUCUCUGCGGUACCGUCUAUGUUCCGUGCGUCUUCUCUCUUGGCUACAUGUUCGCGCUUAAGUCCGGUGAGGACGGGACCCGUGUAUUUCCUGCAGUAAAUGUCGUGUUAUAAAUAGCAGCGGAGGCGGAGCGGGUUUAUCUCUGAAGACAUCUCCGUCAGAACGGUAAUAAACGGUGUCCCUGCCGCACAUGAAGCUCCGCGGGGUGGACGACUCACCGGCGGAGAAGGGGGGGGGGGGUGUUUGUCCCGGGUUUUCGUUGGCUCGGUUCAGUCCGACAGAGUCUCGGAUCUUUCUGGCUCCCAGUAAUCUGCAGCCAUGUCGCUGCUCCGCUCGGCUCCAGUCCUCCUCCGGUGAGUCCUGACCGGAGACACCCGCCGUACCGGGAGUGACGUCACAGCACGGCGCCCCCAGCGCUUUGGCUCUGAUGUCACUGCAGAGUUUGAAACAGAAGAUGAAAUAACUUCAGGAUGAUGAAAGUCCUGUGGGUGGGCAGCUCCAUCAGACAGACCUGCUGUCAGAACAGCAUGUCUCUGCUCACGGCGUUGGUGGUGCUGGUCGCUCUGUAUGUUCUGUGUCGGUGUUUGAUUCCCCGGCUGGUUCAGUGUAACUCCACUCUGGCUCUGCUGUGGCACGACGUCCUGCUGGAGAUGAUGCUCGACCUCCUGGGGGGAACAACGCGACCGCAGCGCCUCCUGCGGGCCGUCUGUGUAAAUGCAGUCAGAGGGGAUCCGGACAGCGUCAUCACGGCCAUCGACUGCUUCUGUAAACACACAGAGUGGGCGAUGAACGUGGGAGACGAGAAAGGAGCCAUCUUGGACUCGGUUGUAAUGGAAACCUCCCCGUCCACAGUGCUGGAGUUGGGGACGUACUGCGGCUACUCUGCUGUCCGCAUCGCCAGGCUGUUGUCACCAGAAACAAAGCUGAUUAGCGUGGAGAUGAACCCGGAGUACGCUGAUGUGGCGCGACAGGUCAUCCAGCACGCGGGACUGCAGGACAAGGUGUGCGUGCUGGAAGGUGAGUCAGCUGACCUGAUUCCCAAGAUGGCCGACAUGUUUGGAAUCCAGACGUUUGACUUUGUCUUCCUGGACCACUGGAAGGACCACUACCUGCCAGACAUCAGGCUGCUGGAGGACUGCGGUCUGCUGGCUCGGGGCUCGGUGGUCCUGGCUGAUAAUGUGGUCUGUCCCGGAGCUCCAGAAUACCUGAACUACAUCAGAUCCAGCCUGAAGUACAGCAGCAGGUUCUACCAGGCUCACCUGGAGUACACCAGAGUCCUGGACGGGCUGGAGAGGUCCGAGUACCAGGGAGAGAGGAAACAGACAGACCGGUAGAAUCCAGACUGAAUCUGGUCCAGUGUUUACAUCUGGAUCAUGAACACAUCAGCUAACGACGGUUUCAGACUCGGACUGAUUCUCUUUGUUUGUGAAGGAUUUUCUGAUGUUCUCAUUUUAUGUGAUUAUUUGUUUGGAGUCGUGGCGUGUGCGGGGACGCUGUGUCUCUAGUCUGCAUCCCCACAUACAAGUACUGAAACUCAAUCAGACCAUCACCCAGGUUUACGUUCCGAAGACCACUUUACACUUUGUGUUUGUUGUGUUUUACACGUUGGUUUCAUGGUUCUAACUUCAGCAGCAGCCACGAGGAAGAGGCCGGUAGAGACAGAGAAACUUCUUUGUCCCGAGUUCAGCCGAAGCGUCAGUCUGUGCGCUCACGCGAAGUCAGGAUUUCCCAGUUGAAAUUUCUGCACAGACCUGGACCCUCUGCAGUUGUGUGGCGUCAUUCAGCUGCUUCUCGUGCAGUCGGGUCCAUGUUUUUUCUCCAAACUCCAACCUCAUUGUAGUUCCGAGUUGCCUAGAACGCGUCAUAAUGCUGCAUUCAAGUGCUCCUCAGCUGGUCCUACCCCCCCCCCCCCCAGCCGUUCUCCCUACUCGAGACCAGUCUUGGGCCCAAUCCCAAUGUCCCCCCUGAGCCCUGAACCCUCAGACUUUACUAACGUCACCUGGAAGGGCUCAAAAAGGAACGGGACAGCUCUUUAUCACGUUACCUGAAACACUUUUUAUUUGAUGCUUUCGCCUGAACUUUCUCGCCCUGCAGAGUGGAGGAGAGCUUCAUGUCACUAAUCAUUAAAACCCUGUUGUUGGUCGAACAGCCUCAUUAAGCACAAGCUAAAAUAAAUAGUGUGUAAUGAG